GCUGGCCUGGCACUCUCGGCCGGAGCGGCGGAGGCAGUGACAGCUGCGGCACAGGGGCUGGGGUUGGCAGCCCGGGCGGCCGCGGGCAUCAUGGGCAAAGGCGGGGAGCAGGGAGAUGAGGGCGCCGCCGAGCGCGAUGCCCCCACGCUGCCCACCUACAGCUGGGAGGAGGUCCAGAAGCACAACCUGCGCACCGACCAGUGGCUGGUCGUCGACCGCAAGAUCUACAACGUCACCCAGUGGUCGCGCCGCCACCCGGGCGGCCACCGAGUCAUAGGCCACUACGCGGGCGAGGAUGCCACGGACGCUUUCCUCGCCUUCCACCAGGACCUGCAUUUUGUGAGGAAGUUCAUGAAGCCCUUGCUGGUUGGGGAGCUGGCCCCUGGGGAGCCCAGCCAAGACCGUGGCAAGAGUCCCCAGAUUACCGAGGACUUCCGAGCCCUGAGGAAGACUGCGGAAGACAUGAAGCUCUUUGAGACCAACCACAUGUUCUUCCUCCUGCUCCUGGCUCACAUCAUCGUUAUGGAGAGUUUAGCCUGGUUCACCGUUUUCUACUUUGGCACCGGCUGGAUCUCCACCAUCUUGACAGCCGUCAUCCUGGCAACUUCCCAGGCCCAGGCUGGGUGGCUCCAGCAUGACUACGGUCACCUCUCGGUCUACAAGAAAUCCACGUGGAACCACCUUGUCCACAAAUUUGUGAUCGGCCACCUCAAGGGAGCCUCGGCCAACUGGUGGAAUCAUCGGCACUUCCAGCAUCACGCCAAGCCCAACAUCUUCCAGAAGGAUCCCGACGUGAACAUGCUCCACAUCUUUGUCCUGGGCGAGUGGCAGCCGGUGGAGUACGGCAAGAAGAAACUGAAAUACCUGCCUUACAACCACCAGCAUCAGUACUUCUUUCUGAUUGGGCCCCCGCUGCUCAUCCCGCUGUACUUCCAGUUUCAGAUCAUCAUGACCAUGAUUGUGCGCAAGGAUUGGGUGGACCUGGCCUGGGCCAUCAGUUACUACACCCGCUUCUUCAUCACCUACAUCCCUUUCUAUGGCGUCCUGGGAUCCCUCUGUUUGCUCAACUUCAUCAGAUUCCUGGAGAGCCACUGGUUCGUGUGGGUCACGCAGAUGAAUCACAUCCCCAUGGACAUCGAUCGGGAGAAACACCAGGACUGGCUCAGUUCCCAGCUGUCGGCCACUUGCAACGUGGAGCAGUCUUUCUUCAAUGACUGGUUCAGCGGCCACCUCAACUUCCAGAUUGAGCAUCAUCUCUUCCCCACCAUGCCGCGCCACAAUUACCACAAGGUCGCCCCGCUGGUCAAGUCUCUGUGUGCAAAGCACGGCAUCGCGUACCAAGAGAAGCCCCUCAUGAGAGCCCUCCUGGACAUCGUGGGGUCCUUGAAGAAGUCGGGAGACCUCUGGCUGGACGCUUACCUCCACAAAUGAAGCCCCCACCCCCACCUCAGGGACCUGUGGGACGGGAGGCAGGGACUGAGCAGCACCUUCGGGUUCAAGCAACUUGAGCUCCUGCAGGAGGGCCCAGGGCCAUUUCAGACUCCCCUCUCUCUGUCUCUGUCUCUCUGUGUCUCUGUCUCUGUCUCUCCGUCUCUGUCUCUCUCCAGGGCGCAGCCCCUUCUCCUUUCCUGGCAUCUGCCAGUGGCCAAUCAGGCUUGCUUCUUUUCUUGGGUGGGAAACGGGACGGACUCUUUUGCUUAUGGGAGUCUCUGGGCUCCAGAGAUGCUGGGUCUCAUUCCAAGGUGGCUUCCGCUUCUGGCCUCCAUGUGACCAGCUGCCCUGCCUCGACUUCCCUGAGAGAAAGAAAGCGGUGCUGCGUUCCCUCCCGCCGCAGCCCCCCUUCCCUGUGCAGCCCCCUCCCCUCCGCCCCUGCUGGGGGCCUGGCCCCGGGGCCCUCGCCCUUCCUUCCUGUUCCGCACUCCCCCUCCCCAGUAAUCACCAGCCCCCAGCCCUCCCGAAACGUGGCCCGGAGCCCUCGGGGAUCACUGAGGAACAGCAGGUGCGCUCAGGAGACCCGGGAUCAAUCUCAGCUCGUGACGGACAUCCAAGGGAUGCUGAGAAAGGCUCUGGCCUUCGCGUUCUUCUGUCAGACGAGGGGAGCGCGGCGGGGACCCCCGGGCUCUCUCCAAGUCUCAAACGCCUUGAACCCACGGCCAGCUCCGCCCGGUUUCAGAUCCGAAGCGCCUGGUGCCCCCUUCCUCCCGAGGGUCACUGGCUGCUGCUCCCCCAGGGCUGGAGUUGGAACUCCCCAACCAGGAGCUGUCCAGCACCUCCCGCCCCAGCUCAUGGGGACCAGAGAAUGCCCAGAACCAAAUGGGCGACUGAGGCAGCUGUUGGGGCCACACCACUGCCUUCUUGGGAGUUUUCCGCCUUCCUUUCCCGGGUCCCCGUCCGGCAGUCAGCCAGCCCCGCACCCCCAAAUGUGCCCCCCCCCCCACUCAGUCCCGGGCCUGGCUGCAGAUUUAGUCAGCUAGACAGGGGAGGGGCCCCCGUGGGAUUACUGAGAGCCCAAGCUCGCCUCCCUUUGCAGAAGGAAAAACUGAGGCUCCCAGAGGCCUGCCCGAGACCCCACAGGUAGCGAGGAGCACGGCGGGGCUUCCCACGCGAGUGGUCUGGCCCCGAACCCAUUGCUACUUCCACUAGACCGAGCUGCCUUCUCUCCGGAGGAACAACCCACAGCCCCUCGGGCACACAUCAUUGGUGGCCUUAAGAAAAUUCGCGUCCUCCUCUUUUGAUCCAGAUGCUGUGAGAGGCUACCUCGGAGGGGGGAGGAGUCCAGAGCACAGACACAUCCUCUGCUCCUGUAAUGGGAGGGCGGUGCUCAGGUCACCCCUUUGCCCGUCCGUCAAUCACCCGGCAGAUGGUUGUUGGACUUCUUCCCCCGUUCUGGCCUCCCUCUAUAAAGUGAAGGGGUCGGAGUUCCCGCCUUCGGGGACGCAAGAUCUCCUCCCUCUGAGCACCAGCAUGAUCUUGUCUCCUCCCUCGGGCCCUGGAGUUUCCAUCCCUCCUAGUCCAGCUGAGGAGCGCCCGCCCCUCUUGGUCCUGUUUUGCUUAGGGUUAAGUUGGGCAGCUCAGAGCACUGCCAUCUUUAGUCACUCUUGGGUGGAUCUCAGAGGAAGGUGACGUUUUGGGGCUGGGAAUGGAGGCCUUCCAGCCUUGGACCCCUCCAGGAGUUGUUGCCCCCCCGGGGGUCGUUGGGCUGGAGGGAGCAUCCCAGGUGAAGCUUCCGGAGAGGAGGGAGAUGAGACCAGAGGGAUUCUCAGCCACCCCUUCUUCCCCUCCCCGCACCGGGCAGGAUCCUGCUGAUCCUCCGGCAAGUCUCCCUCUCUGCUUUGGAAAUGCUUGAUUUUCCUGCUCCCCUUAGAGUAAAAUGUGUGAGACUCACCAACUUAGGGCCCUUAACCCCUUAGUUAUCUGGACUGACAAACUGUUCAGGUUCAGCACAAGAGUUAGAUUUAGACUGGUCCUGACCUUGUGACCCCGCCAUUCCCAAGGUGUAGGAUGGUGGUUAGGAGUAUUCGCUAUCCGUAGCAUCCCCUUUAAUCGUCUCUUCACUAGAUUAGAGCGUUUCUGUCUUUGAGGGACAGAGACUUGGGUCUCCUCUUCUGGUGCUUCCCUCUUCUUGUUCCUCCCGUUUCCCCUCCCAAGCCCCCUCCCCGUGUCCCUGGAACUGCUGGAGGGUGCAGGCCAGUUGGAUAGAGAUGGUCAGUGGGGGCCCUUGCACAAGGAGGGACCUUGGGCCCUGGAGGUUUUCAGGAUGAAAGAAGGGAUGCAGGGAAGUGAUUGGGCCGGAGAAAGUGAGAGAAGGCGUUGAUGCUCAGGAGGAGGACUGUGGGAAAGGUGAGGGAUGAGAAGGCAAGCUCCUGGCGGGACUGCCCCCCGAAGCCGCUGCUCGAACCUCCCGCCAUCCCGCGGGAAGAAGGAAAGCAAUGUUUUUUUUAGCAGAAUUGUAGCCUGGGUCCUUAAGGGAACCUUUCCUGACCCCCUUCCCCCAUCCUUAAGCCACACCCCCCCCCCAUGGAGGCAGAAUUCUUAGGGAACAAGGACUUGAUUUGACUUUCCUCCCCUCCCCCACGCUGUUUUGGGAAUGAAUGAAAGGCCCAUUUUGUUGCGGUGUUCUUGGUACUCAAUAAAAAUUGACCUUUUGUGUUAA